AUUUUGUUUCGGUGAAUGGCGGAGACUUCUACGACGUGGAAGAAACAACAGCCUCAUUCGUACAUAAAGCCAACCAAAAUCUCGGCGGCUUGAUGCUUGUGGUACCUGGAAAGCAGACGAGAAUCUCGACAGAACUCAUUCUUCCAUAUUCUCAGAAUCAUACGAAGACGAUGGCCAUGACUAUGCGUUUGUCCUGCCGACACUUAUUCCAUGCACUCAGAAAAGAGGGAGAAUUCCUGAGAAUACCUUUUGCAGGUGGUGUUAUAUCAACUGGCAGAAAUGGGAGGUUUCCCAGCAGAUUGAAAUGGGCAGUUCCUUGUGAGAUAUCUGUGAAGUCUGUGCAAACAAAGGCUCAUAUAAAGUUUCCUCAAAACUCAUCUGGAAGUAAAGAAAAUGCUUUUUUGAGAGACAAGAAGACAGUUCCUUAUUCAGACCCUCCAAGUAGAGAUGAUGUCAACCGCCUGUAUGAAUUGUUUGAUAGGAGCAAGAAGCUUGUUGUUUUGACUGGAGCAGGGAUAAGCACAGAGAGCGGUAUUCCUGAUUACAGAAGCCCAAAUGGAGCAUAUAGCACAGGUUUCAAACCGAUUACUCACCAGGAGUUUCUCCGCUCAGUUCGGGCUCGAAGACGUUAUUGGGCACGGAGCUAUGCUGGUUGGAGACGGUUCACUGCAGCGCAGCCUAGUGCUGCUCAUAUGGCAUUAAGUACUCUUGAAAACGCGGGCCACAUUAGUUAUAUGAUUACACAGAAUGUAGACAGGCUGCAUCAUCGUGCUGGCAGUGACCCACUUGAAUUGCAUGGUACCGUAUAUACUGUUAUUUGUACGGAUUGUGGUUAUACUCUAGCUCGUGAUCUAUUUCAAGAUCAAGUGAAGGCUCUUAAUCCAAAGUGGGCUGAGGCAAUUGAAAGUUUGGACUACGACAGCCGGUCGGACAAGAGUUUUGGAAUGAAACAAAGGCCUGAUGGAGAUAUCGAGAUUGAUGAGAAAUUCUGGGAGGAGGAUUUCCAUAUUCCUGUUUGCCCAAAAUGCAAUGGAUUACUGAAACCGAAUGUUGUCUUUUUCGGAGAUAAUGUCCCCAAAGGGAGAGCUGAUUCGGCAAUGCUAGCUGCCAAGGAAUGCGAUGCUUUUGUUGCACUGGGUUCUUCUAUGAUGACCAUGUCUGCAUUCCGGCUAAUUAGAACUGCAAACGAGGUUGGUGCUGCCACUGCAAUUGUAAAUAUCGGUGCAACACGAGCCGAUGAUUUUGUACCUCUGAAAAUCAAUGCUCGACUUGGAGAGAUACUUCCAAGAUUGCUUGACAUUGGAUCCCUUGCUAUCCCUGCCAUUUAAUCCCAGUUCUCUGAAAGCGAGGUAUCAAUAACAUUCAAUACAUAGUUCCUUUCAUACUCGAGUUUCAACUGGACCCUAACUGGGAGAGCUCUCAUAACAUCGAUCUGUUGCUCCAUUCAUAAGAUUUGAACCCAAAACCUCGUACUUGCACCACAAGUUGUCGUAUGUCGUGAUUUGCAUAUGUUAUUGUCGUUAUUUGUCAGUUGUGUGUUGUCCAAGCGUAACAAGUCCCUCGAGUUUGCCUGCACUGUUCCAUUUUGGACCAAGAUUCCUGAUCCUUAUUGUACCAAUUGUAUAGCCAUUGUUAUUGGGACUACAACAUUUUUGUUACCUCUGGCAGUAAGGCUAAUGUCCAGACUCAAUUUUCUAAAGUUCAGCUUGAUUUAGUCCA